UUAAUCAGUUUAGAGACAUCAUGGCUCGCUUAACAAUAUUUUUCAUCAUUUGCUUGAGCUCUAGUUUAUUAGCUCAGGAGUAUUUCAAUCCUUUUAAAUUAUUUAGAAGAGAAAUUUUCCCUGAAUUGGAGGCGUACAAUGGGACCGCCUAUAGAGAAGAAUUUUUCACUCAAAAACUGGACCACUUUGAGAUUUUGGACGGGCGCACGUGGCAGCAGAGGUACUUUGUAACAAACGCUACGUACACGAGUGGCGCACCAAUUUUUUUGGUCCUCGGCGGAGAAUGGGAGGCCAACCCUGUUCACAUAGAAAAUGGGUUCAUCCAGCAGCUCGUGGACCACUUUGGAGCUUAUGCAAUUUAUCUGGACUACCGAUUUUACGGCCAAAGCAGACCUUUCCCCGAUCUGUUGUUGGAAAAUUUGGUUUAUUUGAAUAUGGAACAAGCUUUGGAAGACACGGCUUAUUUCACGCAGAAGAUGAAGGACGAUUUUGGACUGGACGGAAAGUGGAUUUUAAUCGGCGCAUCUUUCACCGGUGAUAUGACUGCGUGGGCAAGAGCGCGCUACCCUCACCUUUACCAUGCUGCAUACUCUUCAGGGGCACCGGUUCAAGCCCAGGUCGAAGUCGCCGAAUAUUUUGAAGUUGUUGGCCGGGCUUAUCAGGACACGGAUCCCAACUGCUCGCUUGUUAUCGAAACAGCAAUGCGAGAUUUGCAAAAACUUGUGCAAAAUGGGGAGGCGGCUACAAUAACCCAACUUUUUAACUUGGUAGAAGAAAUCGACCUAUCAGUUCAAGACGACGUGACUCUUUUAUAUUUUGUGGUGACUCAAAUUUAUGGCAGUUUGGUGCAAGCGUCUCUCCCGGGCUCUCUGGAAAAAGUUUGUUCUCGACUCACCGACAGUCAGCAAACUCCAUUGGAAGCUUUUGCCACUGUUUAUCGAGAGACUAUUUUCAACAUUCCUUUGAGAAUUGAUGCAUCACGUCUGGUGGAAUCUUACCGCAACCAAACCGAGUACAGAAUUGACAUCACACGCCAAUUUAUGUAUCAAUCGUGUCUGGAGUUCGGCUGGUUCACAACAGUUUCUUCUGAAAACCAACCCUUUGGUCAAGUUGUUCCGAUAGAGUUCCGUCUUAAUUUCUGCUCUUCCGUUUUUGGCCCUGAGUUCACAAGGGAGCGUUUAGAAGCAGGGGUAGCCAGGACAAAUUUAUUGUAUGGAGGUAAAAAACCAAACGUUUCAAGGGUUGUUUACACCGUCGGCUCGCUUGAUCCCUUCAACCCUGUGCAAAUGAGCGAGGAACCGAAUCCAGACGCACCGCUCAUAAUUAUUGAAGGAGCGUCGCAUUGCGUUGAUAUUACAAGUCCGGCGACCCCUGAUGAACCCGCUGCCUUCACAGCAGCAAGGGCACAAGUUGUUCAACUCCUUACGCAAUGGAUGGCUCAAGAUUGAUAAAAUAAUUUUUUCAAUAAAAAAAGAAAUAUUUAUAACAUUUCU